UAUCGUUCCAUCAAAGCCUACCAUGGGUUGUUUUUAUGAGAUUUUAACUUCUCGAAGUUUGCCUGUGGUGGUGUGUAUCUUCUUAAAGGCAUCCUGUCAUGUAGGUAUUAUUAAGACCAUUGGAAUUUACUUGGAAGAUAUCAACAUUAGUCUUGGAACGACAUCGACGGAUAUUGGAAUUGCUCUUGGACUACUCAAUGCAUUCUCUAACUUUCCAGCUCCUAUAAUUGCUGCCCUCUAUCGCCACCAUUCCAUUCGUCGUCUGCUCCUAAUAUUUGGUACAUGUCUCGCUUCGAUGGGCGUGGCCUUGACUUCCAUGGCAACCAGCAACGCUCAAAUGUCAAUCUAUCUCUCAAUAACCGGUCUUGGAUAUUGCAUGGUACAUAUAUGUUGUACCAUGACAUUGCACCACGUGGCUCGAAAUUUCAACCUACUUUUCAGCAUUAGUUUGACUGGAUAUGGCGUCGGAAUGUUUCUGUUACCACUCAUAGCUGAAUUCCUACGUCAAGCUUACGGUUGGAGAGGUGGACUGCUCAUCAUAAGCGCGCUGAUGGCACAUAUUAUCCCAGUUGGCAUGGCAAUCAAGUUCGAAUCAGAUGAGAGCAGCACACAGAGAAAUGACGUUCAGAGUGUCCCAAGUUCGCCCCCAGAGUUUAACGAGGAAGCGGAGAGCAACAUCAGCACAAGCAAGGACACAGAAGGUGAGUUGGACCGGUAUUCCUAG